AUGGAUGCCAUAACCAACGACAUCGCCGCUCGUAUCGGCGACUUGAACCCCUUCAAGAACCGUCGCCUCAACGAUGAAGACUGGGGCGAGGAGAUUGACAACGACACCGUCGCAGGCGGUGGUCACAGCGUGCGUCGCAUCACCACUGACCUCAGAGUCAGCCAUGCCCUGAGGUCAUUCAUCGCCGAGCAAAAGAUCCUUUCCAAGAGAGAUGCCGGCCUCGACUCGGAUGAGCCCACCAGGCCCCUCCUCGAAUUCGUCAGCAAGCCGCACAUCCGGGUGCCUCCAGAGCUCACCGACAGGUCUUACCCUCUGCCCGAGUACUUUAUCAGCUCCAGCCACAAUACGUAUCUAAUGGCCCAUCAGCUCUACGGCACCUCUUGCGCGACCGCUUAUGAGACCGCCCUGCGGACUGGCGCACGAUGUGUCGAGAUUGAUGCGUGGGACAACAGUGACGAUAGGGACGAGCCCAAGGUCACCCACGGUUACACUCUGGUAUCCCACAUUCCAUUCCGCCUGGUGUGUGAGACUAUUCGUGAUUCUGUCGACAAAGAGGCCGCCGAGGCACAAAACACACCUGGCUACCAUGCCGCGCCCGUGUUGCUGUCUCUGGAAAACCACUGCGACGCUUACGGCCAGAUGCGCCUGGUCAACAUCAUGCAGGACGUGUGGGGGGAUCGUCUCUUGAGCAAGGCUGUGAGGUAUCUUGGCCACGAGGAACAGGCCGGCUCGGGUGACCAUGUCAGACUGGGCGAUCUGGGCGCCAAGAUUGCCGUCAUUGUCGAGUACCACUUCCAAGGCGAGCCCUCGUCUAGCGACUCUAGCUCGAGCGACUCUGAAGAUGAGGAGGAGGAAAAGGCCGCCAGGGAGGAGUACAAGAAGAAGAAGAAGACCGAGGAGCCUUCCAUCAUUAUCCCUGAACUCGCCGAGCUUGGAGUCUACGCCCAGUCCGUCAAGCCCAUCGACAACUCAUGGUACGAGACUGGAACGCUGACCAACGGGCCUCACCACCACCUGAUCAACGUCUCCGAGUCCGGUUUGGCCGCUCACCUCCCGGAUAAGAGCGCCGAAAUUUCGCGACACAAUGCCCAUCACCUCAUGCGAGUCUUCCCCAAGGGCACGCGCAUCUCGUCAACCAACCUCAAGCCUGUGCCUUAUUGGGGCAUCGGCGCCCAGAUCUGCGCCCUUAACCUGCAGAACUUUGGCGCCAGCAACCAGCUCAACGAGGCUCUCUUCAGCGGCACUGAUGGUUACGUGCUGAAGCCCGCGGCCCUACGGGCUGGUGGAAGCGGCAAGCUCAACACGGGACGGACUCGACGACUCAAACUUCAUGUCGCGGGCGCCACCGACAUUCCCCUGCACGGCGAUUCAGAGGCAGAUGGCAUCAAGCCGUACCUGACGUGCUCACUCUACCACCCAGACGACCUCAAGAACAACCCACCCAAGCGCAAGACAUCCCCGUACAAGCAGCACCGGCUUGGAUUCCUCCACCGCGGAGAGAACCCGCCGCCAACGGACCCUGUCUGGGAUGAGACCCUGGAGUGGGAGUACGAGGACAACGAGCUCGUCUUUUUGCGGAUGCUUAUCAAGAGCGACGACAGCUGGACCAAAAACCCCAUGUUUGCCGUCGCCGCCGUGCGCCUGCUCUACGUCGUGCCUGGGUGGAGCUUCAUCCGGAUGCUGGACCUCAAGGGUCACGAGACAAAGUGUUCGUUGCUUGUCAAGUUUGAGUUCGAGGAUGCUUGA